AUGAAAUUUAAAGAUUAUUUAAAUUCUCUUGUAUCCAGACGUAAAUCUAGUACAUCUUCAAAAUCUCAUCAUCCGAUCAUACAUAAAAAGAAUACUCAAGAAUCAACAACAUCAGCUGAUUGCCAUUAUGAUAUAUGUGGCUAUGAAGAUAUAAAUGGUAUUGUUAGUAAUGAUCAGCAUACUCGUACUCAAAUAUUACUAGCUCGUCAUGCUGAAUUAGUUAAUACGAUAGUUGAAACACGAAUAUCCCAAGAGAAUACAUUUCCAUCAUGUUCUCAAUGUCGAGUUUCCCGUCAAUCAUCACCCAUGAUACCACCACCACCAUUACCACCACCUCUUCCGCCUAAAUUAUCAUUAGAACAACAAAUAACACUUUCAAAUCGUCAAUAUUCAAGUACAUUAGCAACAUGUAGUCCACACCGUGAAUGCCAGCAUCUACAGAAACAACCACAACAACAACAACUACUUUAUUAUCAAUCACCUUUAACAUCAUCACAAUAUCCAGGCACAAAUACAAAUAUUAAUUCAUCAAGCAGUAGUUCAUUAUGGACAACAACAACUGAAAGUUUAUCUAAAAAACAACGUUCAAGAAUUCGUACAAAUCCUUGGAUUAAUAAAUCAUCAACAAAUAAUCGACAAUCAACUUUUAUUGAAUCAUCACAUCUAUUCAAUCAUCAACCAUCACCAGAUUUAUCCUUAUCACAUCCUGAAUAUGGUAUUUAUGAUUCAACAUAUCGUACAUCACCGUCAGGUAUAACACAUUCAGAAUCAUUUCCACAAACAACAUCAAAUGGAAAUGUUCAUAUAAACAAUCCUUCAACUUCUUCUUCUUCUUCUCCUCCUCCUCCUCUUCCUCCAUCAGCACCAGCACCAACAACAUCAAGUGUUAUUCUACAUCAAAGUGAUAGUGGACAUGGAUUUUCUCUUUCGAGUUCAAGAGUUAUUAAUUCAUCAUUAUCAUCGACAUCAACAUCAUCUUCUUCUUCUUCAUCACCUUCAUCACCUCCGCCAAGUUCAUCAUCACCAGAUGAUACAAGUGCUGAUGGUAUUUUAUCAAAUAAUAAACAAUCUUAUCGUCAAAAGAAACUUAAAAAGAAAACUUUAUCAACAUCACCAUUAUCAAGAAAGAAAAGUCCAGCACGUAAUAUAAAUAUAGAACAAAAUUUUUGUUCCAACACAAUUUCUUCUGAUGGUGGUAGUCUAACAAGACGAACAAAAAGUAAGUCAAAAGAAGAAGAAGAAUUUAUUUCCAAAGAAUAUUAUAUUUCAAUUAUUCUAGCUCAUCAAAUACCUUCCACAAAUUCUGCUCAAUAUCGUUAUCAACGAUCAUUAGGUAUUAGAAAACCUAGUCCUAUUAAAACAUCAAUCGAUCGCAAACAUUCAAAACAGCAACAUUCACAUAGUUCAUCAUCUCAAUCAAUUGAUGAUCAUUUUUCAUUAGAAUUUGAAGAAAUACUUGAAAAUGAACGUUCAUGUAAACAACGAAAAGAUAAACAAUUUUCAACAAAAUCAAUUUCACCAACUAAAAGUCCAUUUAUACUUCCAUUAGAUGAAAUAAAUAAAAAAAAUACUUCUCCACCAUCACCCAUUGUAUUUACUUCAACAUUAACAAAAACAAAUUCACGUGCUAUUUUAAAACAUAUUGAAGAAAUUGAAAAUGAAAUUCGUUUAAUUAAAAAUUUAGAUAUUGCUAAUAAUGGUGAAGAUGAAGAAGUACAAGAACGUGAAGAAGAAGAAGAAGAUGACGAUGAAGAUGAAGAAUAUAUUAUUUCACCACAUGCUUAUCCUGAAGAAGAUAUUGAUUUAGAAGAUGAAAAUAAUAAUGAUAUAGAAGAAGUAGUAAUUCAAGAUGGACGACAAUCAAUUUAUGAUCAAGUUGAUCAAUGGGUUGAAAAAUGUUUAACAACAACAGCAACAACAACUAAUAAUAAUAAUAGUCCAUCUACACGUCUUCAUACAGAAUGUGAUCAUUUAUCUAAAACAAUAAAAGACUAUGUUGUAUGUGUAUGUCCGAAUGAUAAUCAACAAACUAUACCAAUACCAGAACAAACAACACAAUUAAUGACAGCAUUCUAUUUAAGUUCAAUACCAACUCGAACAACAAAACGAACAUCAUCAUUUAUUGCUGAGCCAGUAAAAUUAGAAGAAUCUCAAACAGUAACUCAACAUUUAAAAUCUAUACAUGAAUGUCCUUUUUAA